UCUUCUCUUCUCAAGUCCAUCCGCACCUCCUACAAUAUAUUUCUACUCUCCAAGGAUUCCAAGAAUCAAACCAUUGCGCAAGGGACACUGACGCAAAUGAUUCAUCACGUAUUUAGUCGCAUAAACAUUAGCAGUGAACCCAAGUUUGAAUUACAUGCAGUGACACGAAAAAAAAAAUCGAGAGAUCAUCAGGACAACGCUUCGACUAUUAUUGUGAAUGAAAAGUCUGACGAUGCUAAUCUGGAACACGAUCCUGAUUUGGGUGCAAGAGAAAAUGGCGACGAAUUUGAUGUGCAGUAUGGCGAGGGACAGAAUAGUAGGAAGGGUAGUCUGGAUGAAGAAAGCGUCUUUGCUGAAAAUUGUCAGAUUCCUGUGAAAUCAGAAGGUACCGAUGAAAGUCUUGGUGAGGAAGGCGUCCUUGCCGAAAAUGAUCUCAGCUUGGAGGGGGGGGCCAACGGUGAUGUUUCACCGGGGAAUGUGUCGACGCCCAUUAAAUUGGAAGGCGAACAUGCAUUGGAAUUUGGUCAAUGGAAUGAUGCUCAAAGGGUGGAUGACGAAGUUACGAAAGCUGUGGAGGCUUUUAAAAACCCGGAGAGUGUACCCGCCGAAGAAAAAGUGACUCUUGGGUCUCUUGAAAACCGACAAUCAUUUGAAGCCGAGCAAAGCGACGAUUGUACAGACAAGGAGGAACUUUUUAUAAAAGACGCGUUCCUAGUUUUUCGUUCUCUGUGCAAGUUAUCAAUGAAAACGGUGUCAACCACCGAUCUAAAGUCGCACUCGAUGCGUUCAAAACUUUUGUCGUUACACUUAAUAUUAACUAUACUGAGUUCACACACAAACGUGUUCCUAUCUCCGAACGUCCUGAUAACAUCUUCCACGACGCACGAAAGAACUUUAUUUGUUCAGGCGAUAAAACAAUAUUUGUGUUUGAGUUUGAAUAGAAAUGCCGUUAGCCCUGUGCCUCAGGUGUUCGAGAUAAGUUUGGAAAUAUUCUGGAAGUGUAUGAGUAAACUGAGGAGUCAUUUAAAGAAAGAGAUUGAGGUAUUCAUCAACGAGAUAUUUUUGCCAAUUAUGGAAUUGAGGAGCUCUUCGAUGAAACAAAAGUAUGCGCUCAUGAACAUCCUCGCGAGAAUUUGCAGUGACCCCCAAACCUUGGUGGAGAUUUAUUUAAAUUACGAUUGCGACAGAGAGGCAUUAGAUAACACUUACGAACG